GUUUAGGAAGUGACGAGGUGAAAGGCAAAGAAUCAGGAAACUGAAAUGAGCUGCAGGUUCUUUUACUAAUUUAACUGACGUGAUAAUGCUGAGGAUUAAGAGUGUACUUGUUUGUGGAUCUGUACUGUACAAUAAAUCAAAACAACAAUAAGAAACCCUGCUACAAGAAGAUAUAAAACAUGUGCUUUGAAGAACACCAGCUCUGAAGUAAAGGAUUACUUUCAGAUGUCAUUUGGAAGUCACUUCUGUUUUUGCUUUGACAGUUUUAUUUAAAGACUUUUUUGGGCAUGUCAAACUAUCUGAAAGGGGAGCCACUGGUGGAGACUGAUUAAAAGUUGUGGAAGUUUCUGUGAAAGGAUGUCAGGCUCAGGAUCACAUCAAUACUCUGACGUGCUUAUUGUCCAUGGAUGUGAUGGUGAAGAAUGGAGCACAUACCUCAAAAGUCUCUUCAGUUCAUCUAGAUACUUCAAGAACAAGUCAAUUAAAUGUUACGGUAUAAAGGAAGGCUUCCCCAUUCCCGUAGAGCAGUUGGACAUUUUCCAUGAAAGUAAAUGCAUAAUUUUUUUACUAACUGGAGAACUUGUAAAUCAUGCAUAUGAUCCUCCACUCCUAAAGAGUCUACAAGAAGCUUUGGGUCCUCCCCACAGGAUGUUUGUGUUAUUCUGUGGAGUGCCAGACAGUGAUGAAUUUACAAUGUUAUUCCAUGACUGGCCAUUGUGGAAAAAACUCUACUGUGAGGAUGAUCCGGAGUCUUAUAUUGCAGCUGUAAAGCAGACUGUUUCUGAAGAUUCAGGAUGUGAAUCUGUAACUGACACAGAGGAUGAAAUGCAGACACAAACAGAUACUAGAGAUCACACAGUGGUCAUUUUCCCAAAGAAGAUACGUUGUGGGGAACCAACCAAACUUUAUAUCAUUCUGAAAUGUGAACUGGACAGUCAAGUAAAAACUGAAGUGGAGUUUAAAACAAAACAGCAGCCACCAAUGAGGAUACCAGCAAUUCAAGAAAACAAGUACACAGUUUCAGUGAAUGUCCCUAACCUGCCUUCUGGGAUAGCAAAAGUAACAGUAUAUUCUGGAGAUCUGAAUGUAUGCUCAGUGCAAAUCAGCUAUUACACUGAUAUGGAAGAAAUAAGCAACAUCUUAAAAGAUACCACAAAUCCUAUGGAAUUCAUGUGCCAGGCUUUUAAAAUAAUACCUUGCAAUAUGGAUGCACUUGACAAACUACUGACAGAGUCUCUAAAGCAAAACAUCCCUGCCUGUGGGUUGCACGUCUUUGGUAUCAGUCAGCUGGAAGAAGAUUUGUCUACAAGUCACAGAGAUGAGGAACUACCAACAUUGCUCCAUUUUGCAGCCAAAUAUGGCUUGAAAAACCUGACAGCUCUCCUGUUGACAUGUCCAGGAGCCCUUCAGGCAUAUAGUAUUUCUAAUAAGCAUGGGGACUACCCAAACACUAUUGCAGAGAAAAAUGGCUUUAAAGAUCUAAGGCAGUUCAUUGAUGAAUAUGUGGAAACAGCCGAUAUGCUAAAAAGUCACAUUAAAGAAGAGUUGAUGCAAAGAGAAGAGGACGAAACCAUCUAUGAGCCCAUGGUAAACCUAUCUACAGACCUUCUGAUGAAGUGUUCCUUGAAUCCAGGCUGUCAAGAAGACAUUUAUGAAUCUAUGAUACAGCAAGUACCACAGCAUACAAUGGAUGAUUUGUAUGAGGAGAUGAUUCGGGAAGAUACCCCUGAAAAACAAGCUCCAGAUCUCUUUGCAGAAACAUCAAGAGAAAGUAUCAUACGUAACUUUCUAGAAGGUAAGACAAGGCAAAUUCCUAAAGAUGAAGAUAGUUUGUAUUCCUCCCAAGAUGACUUAUAUGAUGAAAUUGAGAAGGAGGAGUACUCAUCACAACUGAAAAGACCACCUGCUCCUGCUCCACGGCCCAAAUCCUGUUCUCUGAAAGAAGACAGUGAACCUUAUAUCUCCAAAGUGUUUCAAGCUAAAGCACAGCCUCGGCCUGAAAACAUGUAUAUCCGUACUCUUUCACCAAUAGGUUCCGAGAUUGUAAGAGACAGGCCUCAAAGUUCUCUUUAUGACCCAUUCGCUGGAAUGAAGACACCUGGUCAGCGCCAGUUAAUCACACUGCAGGAACAAGUAAAGCUUGGAUUUAUCACUGUAGAAGAUGCUACCCAGCAGUUCAAGGAAUGGCAGUUUAAUCAGAAGAGAAGGAGUGAUUCAUUCCGAUUCCAGCAGGAAAAUCUGAAGAAGCUAAGAGACAGCAUAAUGCGACGUGAAAGAGAAAAGAGGAAAGCAGGGAAAGAUACAGGUCUAGAGAUUACAGAACCAAUCCGACCUCCUAGACAUCCCAAUAAAAGAGCAGAAGUUGGAGAUUAUAACACUAACACAAGAAUGUCACAACCAUCUAUUAUAAUGAGAAACUGGAAAACAGAAAGCACUUCCAGCACAGCAAGCUCAGCAAGUAACAGGUCAAGUGUUCGAAGUACACUGAGCAUCAGCAGUGGUGCAGAAGGGGACAAUGAGGAUAAUGAAAUCAUGGAAAGCUGUGUAGGUCACAGCCCAAGAAUGUCAGACAGGCAGCCAGCACCUUUGCCUCCUGGAAGACCUCCACGGAUACCACCUCGUCUCCCUAACAGGUUGUCAGCUCCUGAUAUGUUCUGUGGACCUCCUGUACCACCUAGAGGUCGUUAACUGCAAUACUAGUAACAAAAAGGGACUUUUUACUUACUUUUCAACUACUGCUAGAACCUCAUUGCUGUUAACUCCCAAACAGAUACCCCAAAGACUAUACCAAAAUUAUUUGGGAACAGAUUAAAAAGCAUCCACUGUUUCCUUAUUGUUUAGCAGUUAUCAGCUAGGAAAUAAUGAGGCUUAGAUCAGAGUAGUUUGUUUAUAAUAUUAGUGUAUUUUAGUUAGCUGUGGAUCCAAUAUAGUAAUUAUAUUAUGCAGUACAGUUGUAAAGCAGGUUUUAAAUUACAUGAAGAAAUGUUAAGAAAUGGCUAUCACUACUCCCUGUUGAUAGUAAGACUCAAAUAAUAAUUCUCAAAAAUAUAAAGCUGUUUUAAUCCUUCUACCUUGAACUUUGAAUUUAAUUGUGAUCUGGUCAGAAGACAGUCAUGUAAAAUGAAGAAAACAUAUUUAUUUAUUAAUUGUUACUUAUCUGAAUAAGCAACAUGACGCAAAGCAUUACAUAAUGACAUGGGUAAACUUUGCACUGAUAACUGCAGCUGUUGAGGGUUUGGAUACAUUUAAAAAGCAAACUGAGUAUCAGAACCAUUCUGUAUUAUCACUGGAUAAUAAUUUCUUUAAUGACAAUUUCUUGAGAGACAGAUUGUCUUAUGCUGUAUGAUAAACAUGGUUAGCCUAAAAAACAUAAUCAGUAAAGAAACGGCUAUAUUUUAACUGAUUGUUACUUCUCUAUGGAGCACUCUGAGAAUUUAAUUGCUCAUUAUGUAGAUUUACCCUUGCUCCAUGUACAUUUACUCAUGUUUUUAUUAAUGUAUGCUUAAUGAAUUCUAUUUUUUAGUCCUGUUAAUAAAAACACUUUACUACCAGA